AUGGCGUCCAGCUCCGAGACGACGCCGCUGAUGUCGUCCAUGUCUGGUGGCAGCAAGGCGAACAAAGCAAGCCCGCCAAAACCGCAGCGCACUGUUACGUUUAAUACGACAGUGUCUUCCUCGAACGAUAGCGCGCAUUCGUCAUCAAGACAGCCAACAAGUCAUGGCGGCCAGCCAAUGCUGGCUGGCCUUAACAGCAAACUGCGGAGAAGAAACAGCUCGGGUGCGCCUGCAAGGAUACCGCCCGCCCCAGUCGGAAAGAUCGGUCCUCAGCGAACAACGCGAACCGCGCAGAAACUGAAGCUGCUGCCCGACCCAGCUCAAGGCGAGGACGGAGAAGACGAGGAGAGCGGACGCGACGUAUACGUGCAAUACACUCGAAUUAAGGACCCUACGGCGAGACGAGAUGCAGCGCGACUGGGCAAAGCAGACCGAGACCGGCUACCGCGCGUGACGGCGUACUGCACGGCCAGCUCGUACAAACUCGACGAACUCAUGCGGUUCUUGAAGGGCAAGCAGAAGAUCAGGGGCGCGUUGCCUAAGCGAUUUGACGAGUGCAUAUACUCGCCGUACAACUACGGCGCCAAGGGUGCGGAGGACGUACGCAGCUCAUCAGCACUCGAAGGCGCUCCGGGGGCACUGCAACGGAGAUUUUCGGACAGCGCCAUUGAGGUGGAACACCAGAACGAGAGGCGACGAGAAGACCUAAUAGACCUGCACGAGGACGGCGAUGCGCCUCACAUUGGUAACGGCGAGAGCUCUGACCGGCCCCGACGUCCCUCGAUGACACAUGCAGACUCGGAUCCGCAAUUGGACACGCCCGACUUGGACACACAAGUGCACACGCCUGAAGUGUUCUUGUUCGAGUACGGCACGGUGGUGAUCUGGGGCAUGUCGCUGCAAGAGGAGAAGCGGUUCCUCAAGGAGAUUGCCAAGUUUGAAGUGGAGAAGCUCGGCAAGGACGAUGUCGAGACGGAGGAGUUCAACUUCUACUACACUCGCGAGUACCAGGCGCGCAUCUACAACGACUUCAUCUCGCUGCGCGACAAGAAAAACUACAUGAUCAAGCUCGCCAUCUCGCACGGCCUCUCGCAGAGCGUCAAGACGAGUUUGUUCGAAGAUCUGGUCGACAGCACAAUCGACGAGACCAAGGAUAUACCAGCGCAGAUUGCGAGCUCUGGCAAGAUCAACCUGAACAAGAAGCAGAUCAACAUGCAGAUUGGAGAGCUGUUCAUUCUGCGCAUCAGCAUCCACCUUCAGGGGUCGGUGCUCGAUGCGCCGGAGCUGAUGUGGGCGGAGCCGCAACUGGACCCUGUGUACCAGGCUGUGCGCAGCUACCUCGAGAUGGACCAGCGCGUUGGACUUCUUACGGAGCGAUUGAACGUCAUUGGAGAUUUACUGGCGGUUUUGAAGGACCAGCUGACGGCUACCCAUGGCGAACUGCUCGAGUGGAUUGUCAUUGUGCUCAUUUUCGCCGAGGUGGUGGUUGCAGCGAUCAACAUCUUUGUCGAUCUGAACGCUGCAGAUUAG